AACAGAUUUCAUGUGUUUGUUAUUUGCAAUUAUUCUAUACUCACUUCUAUGGGUAAAAGUUAACAGUCAAGGAAAAAUAGUUAAUCGCACAUCGGAAAUACAUGACUUUCGAAACUCAAAACAAGAUAAUGACCGCAGGAAAAUGGUUACGAGAGAAAACACAACUAAACAUUCCCGGGAAAAAAAUGAAGAUUCACAUUCAAGUUCAAGUGGCGAUUUCGGAUUCCAAUCUUCACAACGAAAAUUCCAACUCAAAUACUCAAAUCGAAAAAGAAGUGAUAUUUAUACUAGAGGUUACCAAACAUUCCUCGGAAAACGUAGACGAGGCAGUAAAUCACAUGUGAAAACCACAUUCAGAAAACGUUCUGGCUACGAUCACAAUGGUCAAAAGAAACGAACUACCACAUUCGAAAGUUAUGGUGAGGCAGACAGUUUCGAUAGAAAGAAAAUACGUGAUGUGUUCGAUGUGAAUGGAUAUAUUUCGGAGGGUCGGAAGCGUAGUAAACUCGGUGGAUACAUCCAAGAAGAUCGACAUGCGUUUAUGUCAGGUGGACAUAAGUCGCAAGCUUCUCGAAAUGAUAAAAUAUCCCUUGAGGGCAAAAGUCACUCUGAAAGUGACACUCGUGAUCAAAGUUCAAGUGCUCAAGAUUGGGAAGAAAUUAUUAGGUUUGCAAACAGUACCCCACCGUGACAACGAAAAUGAAUUAAAUAAAUAUCUUAAAUUUACACGUCCACACGGUAAUGAAGAUUCCUUGUUCGAAAUUAAUACUCAGUUUCCCAUUACUGUUUCUUCGUGAAUCACAUCAAAUUAAACUAUAUUAAUCUUGAAUUAGUUACAUAAACUGGCAAUGAAUUCCAUCCAUCAUCUGUUCACAUCAACAA